ACUUAAUUUUUAUAGGCUUAAUCAGUGAACUCAGAGCAGGGCAGAAAUAUGUUUUCGGAAACGUUACUAAUGAAACAAAUAAAGUGCUUUUUGGAGUUGUCGUAUAUGAAAGAUUUUAGAUUUUAAUUCUUAAUUGGACAGUUCUUGAGGAUGUGAUAGCUAUCUGAUGUUCAGUUUCCUUAAAGGAUAUUUGUGAGAAUGGAUAUUGAUGUUGAAGAUGAUCUUAUGGAAAGGAUUAUAAGGGAUUUAAGAAAUGUUCUUGAAAAUGAUCUUUUAAUAGAUGAGUUUGACAUUCUACCCGUUCAUGAAUCUAUGCAGAAUAAAUCACCAGUUAUCCAUGUAAUGAAUAAACUUGCUCUCGAGAACUGGUGUGUGAAGCCUUUGUAUAUUUAUGUCUAUAAGAAGUUCUUUGUUUGGAGAAAUAAAAAGCUUAAGACUAACAUUGAAACUGUUUUGAUGUGGACAUGUGUCAUUUUAUUAAUUAAUCCUGAAAUUGAAACUGCAUGGAAUGCUAGGAAGGAGCUUUUAUGUAAAUCAGAAACUACACUGAGAGAUAAACCAAAAUUUACCGAUGAGUUGAGAUUUUCUGAACUAGUUUUAAGUAGAAAACCUAAGAGCUCACCUGUAUUUGCUCACAGGAAAUGGACUUUGAUAAAAAUAAAAGAAGAAAUUAUAUAUCCAGAAACAAUUAAACAUGAGUUUUUUGUUUGUAUACGUAUGGCUAACUUGUAUGCAAAUAACUACUAUGCCUGGUCCCAUCGUUCAUGGAUUAUGCAAGAAAUUUUACAAUCUUGCCUAAAGAGUGUUACAGAGGAGCUUUCACAAACAGAACCUUGGAUAUCCUCACACAUUUCUGAUCAUUCUGGGUUUCAUUAUCGCCAAUUUCUUUUAUCUUGUUAUCGAACUGCAUCUCUAAAUGCAAAAGAUGCCACCUCUUGUGCUUUACAUAAACAAUCACAAUGCAUGCUGGAACUCUCGGAAGAAAAACCCGAUCUGUGCUACUCGGCCAUCGACAACAAAUUACCGCUGCAACAGUGGAUUGAAUUCAUACACAAAGAGCUGAUUUUUCUUUCAAGUCUGCAAAAUUCAUAUCCCGGCCACGAAACAUUGUGGUACCAUCGGAGGUUCUUACUUCGAGAAAUAAAACUGACUGAGACUGAUGCAUUUUCUUCUGUCAAACUUCCAAAUACAGAUGAUUUUUUGCAAAAUAAAAGACUCAAAUCUGAAUGGGACUCAAAAGGAAUGUGGAAUGUUGCCGAAGAACAAGAUUUUCUGGAUCACUGCUGUAAUAAAUCAACCAAUAUCAGCUGGGAAAAAACAUUAAUAGCUAAACAUGUUAAAUGGUUGAAUAAUGUUUUGCAGUGGUCUUUGUCGAUCUGAUCAAAAUAUAUUUCUCAUAAUAAUAUCUGUUUUCAAUUUUGAAAUUUUUUUUAAUGAAGUGGUUAUUUUAUGCUUUGCAUAUUGGUUCAAAAAGGCUAUUGAAACCAAAAACAAGUUUUUUUUUCUCUUUUGAUUGAUUUUUCUGUUUUGUUCUUUUUCAUCUUCCUAUAGUUUGUCUACAGUAGGAACUCCCUCCGCCACUAAGUCUGAAGUCGUCUGCUGCUAUGGAAACAAGAAAAGUGUAGUGUAGCAUGUCUUCAUUCAAGGACUUACACGAUAGACCGAAGAAACAGAUCCCCUUUCUCUCGCCGAUCCGAGCAAAAAGUCUUAAGCAGUGACCCCACACCCCUACUUGAAAUAGUUAUACCUCGUUACCGUAGUCACCGCCACGGGACCAGACGAAUGUCCAGGAGAGUUCUUACUUUAGACAAACUAUAUAUGUGUAUAGACUGCACUGCAGUUUUACCUAUAAUUGAAGUGAAAAGUAUUCUUAAUUGUAGAAGAAUGUUUAUGAAUUUUAUCAUACAGGUGAUGUUAGUUGAAAAUAUAAUUCACCAAAAGAUUGCCAAAGACCAUAUUUUUCAAUGUGACUUAGUUAAUUUUAUCAUAAUAAUAUCUGUUUACUUUUUAAGUUUGAAGAUAACACAAGCUAUGGCAUGCUUUACA